AUGUCACAUAAAAUUAAAGUAGACGUAAAUCAAGAUGAAAUAUAAGUAGGUGGAGAAAUGAUCCUUUGUUUAGCAGAUUAAUAAUUGUUGAAUGGUGAUUAAUUAAAUGAAGUAGAUGAUAUACUUGAAAAUGAUGAAAUUAAAGUUUAAGAUUAGAUUAAAAAAAAUGAAAAAUUAAAAGAAUAAAUAAAAAAAUCACAUUAUAGUUAAAAAUAUGAUGGUGAAGAAAAAAAGGAAAUCUUAGAAAAGUAUGAUGAAAUUAAAAUAGAAAAAGAAGGUUUUUAUAUUGCUAAUGAUGGAAAGAUAAUAGAAGAACCAAAAUAGAAUGAUUUAUUAGCAAUUAAAAGUAAACUUAAUAAAAAUUAGCAGAUUUCAUUAAAUGUCAUAGAUACUGUUGCAAGUGAUUAUAAGACAUGUAUUCCUACUACUAUAANAUUUAGUAUAAUAGAUAUAUAGUCUGAUGUAAUUUAUAUGAAGUUCUUUCGAUUUAUGUAAUAAAUAGAAGAGGGUAAACAAUUAUCUACAAAUCAGUUAUUAAAUUAAAUGAUUGAGGAAACUCAUUUUCAUAAAUAAAUGAAAACUAAAUUAAUAAAAAAAAGAAUUUAAGAUAAAAAAAAAGUUUCGUCUGACUAAAAUAGUAGUAGUGAUGCUUAAUCAUAUAGAAUUAUUGAUGAAGAUGAAUAAGAUAUUGCAAUCCCAUUAUUUACAGGAACUAGUAAUGAAUUAAAACCUUAAAUUAAAUUACCUGAAAAAAAAGUUGCUGUGACUCAAAAUUAAUUAAAAUAUUUAAUAAAAGCAUGUUCUGAAUUUGAAGAAUUAAAAUAUAAAUAUUAAAAAUGGAAAUAAUCAGUCAUACCUGUUAAUUUUAAUUCAUUGUCAGAAGAUGGUAAAUAAAAGAUAAUAAUCAUUAGAAAAAAUAAAUUUAAAUGAAACUUUUAAGGUCCCAGAAGUUAAACUAGCUGUUCCAUUAGAUGAAAAAGAAGGAAACAUCAAAAAUACCGAUGAAUGGUGA